UCCCCUGCACGUUCAAAUCCGCCUCGUGUGACGUCACGACUCACCUGUGGGUGGGUGUAGGAUCUGGGAUUAGCUGUAGCCGCAGGUAAUAGCCAAACAUUGGGAGACUCUCGGCAACGCAAGACUGUAAACUUCUUUUCACUGAAAGACAAACGACCUCGAUGAGCUGAGCUGUGUUUUUCCCCUCGGACUGCCGGACUCUGUUUUGGGUUUGCAAACUUUGCUUAAGUACACAAACCUAAAAAUCUGUAGGCGGUUUUGUUUUCUCCGUUUGGAGCGUUAGCGUAGUUUUUUUUUUCUCUCUAAGACUUCCGCACUUUGCUCGUUGAACAAGUUGUCUGGGAUAAAAGUGUUUCCUCUUAUGCGGUCCCAGGCUUUUUGAGCCAUGCCUGGCCACAGCACAGGGGCUCCCCGCCACAAGUACCCCAACUCUUGCUCUAGGGCGGACAACCAUCGACCCAACCGGACUAUAUCCAGGGACAGCACGACCAGCCAAGACUCCUACAAGGAUCCUCAUGAGGAGCAACUACGAGACCACUCCCGCUAUUCAGAGGGCAGGUAUGGUCGAGGAAGAAGCCACCCUCGAAACGGCACAGGAAGGGGUUCAGAGACAAUAGGAUUUAUUCCGGGGUCGGCAGACAGCGUGCCGAGCAGCAGGCAGUCCUGUGGCUCCUGUGCCUCUAUGGGCUGGAGUAGCUGUAAGGCUCUUAUCUGUUGUGUUCUCACCUGUGGAUUUUAUGGCACCCGGGAGCCCUGCCUCCCCGUUAACGAGAGCUCCACAGACCAUACCCCCAAAACGGUCGGUGACCCUCGACCUCCUAACGGCAUAGCUAUGAAAACCCCUGGCAUGUCUUUGGAGCCCAAUAAUAAGCAGCCCAAGACCCCCAGAUUGCCCCUGAAUGACAGUUUCCGUUACCCAGAUGUGCACAUAGCAGGUCAGAAGGUAAAGUACCCAGUUGCUGACCCCAAACGGGGUCGCGCAUCAGGUAAAGGGGAUAACCAGCGGCCGGUCAGCAACACCAGCCUUAUAUCCUACGAGGACUACGACUUGGAUGAGCAGAGCGACAAAGACAUUGACUCUCUGAUCACCAAGAAGCUGCUGGAGCUUUACGCCCUGCAUCAGAUUGACCAGCUGGCCAAGUGCACCUCUGAUUCCUCCUUCUCCCGCAAGACCAACGAGAUCAGCGAGCUCAUCUACAGCAUCGCUCAGGACUACAACCUGGAGGAGCAAGAGGCCGAGUGCAAGCUGGUGCACGGGGUCAUCCGCAUCAGCACGCGGAAGGGCAAAAGGAACAAGGGCUACCUGUCGACCGGGCAGCAUCAUAACAGCAGGAGGGACGGGACCCUCCCCGACAGUGGCAACGAGACCAUGACAAACACCUUCAUGAGCAGUGAUUUUCCAGAGGUGAAAGUGUCGGAGCAGACGCCAUCAGACGAGCUGGCGAGAAAGAUGAGAAAUUACAGCGGGCGAACAUAUUCCUCCAGCACUACUACGGCCUACUCGGCGUACCACCACGACGCUGAAACCUACUCCUCAGGCGCUCCUCUGAUUCUCUAAAAGUCAAACAAAAACAAUGAGAUGUAGCCAGUUACAUGGGCUAUUUCAUCCUCCUGCUGUUACCAAGUUGAGCACCUUUUCUCCCGGGUGGUUGUACUUCUGCCUUUAAGUGGUCCAGCUACUACCUGCUGUUUACAAGCAUCUUUAUGUUUCAAGCAAAAGACCCACUGAGGAGACUCUCCCCCCCUAUUUCACACACACACACACACACACACACACACACACACACACAC